AUGGACGUUUCUCCUGAGGACCCUUGUACAGCCGCGGUGAUAAAUGAGCGUCUCUCCUGGCUUCGGGAGAUAACAAAUGUCAUUCUCUGCCUGGCAGAAGCGCGCGGGCGUCCUGAGCCCCUGGGCUUCGGCGAGAAGGCGCCCGCUCCCUCUGAACAACCCCGCCUCAGCGCCGGACUCAAACUGCGGGAGACAAAUAUUCAUUUAGCUGGGGAUUCUGCCUGCCGACCCCCUGCUUCCCGCAGCGUGCAGCUUCCCGGCCGAGACGGCUGCGUGCCGGACCUCGACCUCUUUGCGUGGCUCAGGUGUGGCACGGGCAGCGGCCGGUGCUGCGAGGACGGCUUCAUCCCUGCCUCCGACCCUCGGGAUUUCGGCAGCGGUGAGAAUGAGGCGUUGUGGAGGGAAGUAGCCAGCUUGAGGCAGAAGCACGCUCAGCAGCAGAAAGUUGUCAAUAAGCUUAUCCAGUUUUUGAUUUCAUUGGUGCAAUCCAACCGUAUUCUUGGGGUGAAGAGGAAGAUUCCCCUGAUGUUGAACGACAGCAGUUCAGCACAUUCCAUGCCGAAAUACAGUCGCCAGUACUCCCUGGAGCACGUCCACGGCUCAUCCCCAUACGCAGCUUCUUCCCCAGCAUAUAGUGGCUCCAACCUGUAUUCCCCGGAUUCUUCAGCCAACUCUGGUCCCAUUAUCUCUGACGUGACCGAGCUAGCCCAGUCCAGCCCUUCAGCAUCUCCCAGCGGCAGUCUCGAUGAAAGGAGUAGUCCUGUGGUCCGUAUCAAAGAAGAACCCCCUAGUCCUGCCCGCAGCCCCCAGAUAGAGGAGGCCAGCCCAGGGAACCCUCCUGCUGUUGAAACUCCUCUGUUCCCCUCCACGUUCAUUGACUCCAUCCUGCAGGAGAAUGAACCCAGCACUACGACCGCUGCAGCCGGCGACAGCACCACACAGCCUCAGCCCCAGGAAAAGUGCCUCAGCGUUGCCUGCCUCGACAAGAAUGAACUCAACGACCACCUGGACACCAUGGAUUCCAACCUGGAUAACCUUCAGACGAUGCUGACCACGCACGGCUUCAGCGUGGACACAAGCGCACUGUUAGAUCUGUUUAGCCCUUCAAUGACGGUUACAGACAUGAACCUUCCCGACCUGGACAGCAGCCUUGCCAGUAUUCAGGAUCUCCUUUCAUCCCAGGAACAGCAGAAACCUACUGAGACAGAGGCCAGCACAGCAGACACAGGGAAGCAGCUGGUGCACUACACGGCCCAGCCCCUCUUCCUGGCGGACUCGA